AUGUCAUCCAACACCACCGCCGCACCCAUCCCCAUCCCCGCCUCCACCGCUUCCAGCGCCCUCACCUCCCCUCCCCCGGUCUCUGACGCCGUCAUGACCUCCCCCACCUCUGCCCACCGCAAAGCCACCUCCCCACCCAUCGACCCCUCCAAGCUCAACAACCAGCCCGCCCCUCUCCCUGCCCAGGCAGAGUCCGACUCGCCGAUUGCCGAACCGCGUUCGUCCCCUCGAAACAGCUUUGGCUCUUCAGGGGGGUCUGGCGCUUUUGCGCCUUCGAGGUCGCCUGAGAAUCCGUUGACGGAUUCGGCGUACCUCGACCAGCCUGCGGAGCCUGCGUCGCAUCCUACUAUUGCCGAGACGGGUGUUCCUGCGAGUAAUGGCGAGCCCGGGCCGAGCCAGGGGCAGUUGAAGAGGGCUGAGAAGCCCAAGGGGAGCGAAGGGAUCAUCAAGCUUGGGAGUUUGGGAGGGGAUGGGCUGAGGAUGAAGCCUCCUGUGGACAGAGAGGAGUAG